UCUCUCUCCAUCUGCCAUAUCCUAUACACAACCACAACCAGACAUACGACAUAAUUAUACUUAUAACUACAAGUUGCAAUCAUCACAAUGUCCCAGCCCAUCACCGUCUGGCUCACCACCUCGGACCCCGACUCAUGGAAGGUCAUCACCAUCCUCGAAGAACUCACCGUCCCCUACAAGAUCAAACCGCUCAGCUUGAACGAGGUCAAACAAGCCCCCUUCACCAUCAUCAACCCCACCGGCAGCGUCCCAGCAAUCCACGACCCCAACACAAACCUCACCCUCUGGCAAUCCAACUCCAUAAUCCAAUACCUAAUCACAACCUAUGACACCCACCACCUCCUCACCUACGAUACCCUGCCCGAGACACACCUCCUGAACCAAUACCUUCACUUCCAGGGCAGUACCCAAGGGCCGAACUUUGAGAAUUGUGGAUUGUUUUCAAUCCACCACCCCACUCACCUCCCCAGCGCUAUAGCCCACUACACAGCCGAAGUCCACCGCACCCUGGGCGCGUUGAACACCAUCCUCGAGAAGCGCGACUGGCUCGUGGGCGAGAAAUGUACAUACGUUGAUCUCGCCUUCUUACCGUGGAACGCGCAGGUGAAGACGCUGGUUCCGGACACGGCGGAGGAAGCGAAGAGUUAUCCGUGGGUGGAGAGAUGGCAGGAACGCAUGGAGGGGAGGGAGGCGUGGAGGAGGGUGUUAAAGAUAUAUACAGAUUUAUUAGGAAAUGAUGUAGAGAAAGAUGGCCCUUAUCAAUCUGCUGUGACACCCCUUCGCCCCCUCAAAUCGGGCACAAAACGAAGCCAUACAAUUCUUUAA